CUUACAACUAUCAUAUUAUCGCUUCGUCAAUUCCGCACCCUCGGCAGUGCGAUGAAGCUGCCGCGGGUCGCCUUCCGAAGCAGCAUAUAAAAUGGCCAAAAUUGACACCAACAUAACGCAGAACUUCCAUCACUCAUUUCAAGCCAAGCUCUGGAAUCCAGUCGUGAGCGCUCACAAAGCAUACUUAAACUCUUCCAGUCAUUCUGUCGAAUAUAUCGCAGCACUCUGGUAGCGUGCUUCGAUAUGGACCUGAUCAUUGACACUCCACGCCUCAAGCUCACGCUCCUCACCACCGCACCCCGCUCUUCUCAAGAAUUCGGCUGGGUUCAUGAACUCCGAAGCGACAUACAGAGUUCAUGGUGGAGUCUCUACGGUGCCUCUAAGACUCCCGAAGAUACCGAAAAAGCAUUGCAAGAUAUCUUGCCGGUAUCACAUCUAGAGGGCGAGGAGAAAGUGCAUCGCUUCCCUUACGCUGUCCACGAAAUUGCCGGAAAUGAUGAGAGCAAGGAGGAGCAAUUCAUCGGCCUGAUUACCCUCCGCACCCUGUCCACCUCUGAAACGAAGUUUCCCCCACGCGACAAGUAUGGUUCGACUUCGACUUCGCUUUCACUGGAACUGGCUUACAUGUUUCUUCCCCAGUCUUGGGGGCGCGGGUACGCUACUGAAUCUAUCGCCGCUGUCCUCGAAAAUUGUGCGCGUGUACCGGCAGUUCACUGGACUCCGUAUGAGAAAGUGGUUGUGAGGGCGAUUGUGAAUGACGAGAAUGCGGCGAGUCAGAGAGUGAUGGAGAAAUGCGGUAUGGAGAAGCCGGAGAUUGUGGAGUUCGAGGGUGGGAGAUUUUUUAUUGCGGGGAAGUGGAGGACGAGGCAUCGUUUAUUUGUCUAUGGCAGAAAGAUUAUGGUUGGGUGAGGAUGAAUCUUUGUUAGUAGUGUGCCAUAAGAAGUAUUCGAGACUCCGCUUGCAUCUGGAAACAUCGCAAGGCUUUGGACACCGGUGUGGGUUUUUAUGCUCCAUCAGGG